GACCACCGUGGCCAUUGGGCUCACAGCAUUGUUUUAUUGCAUCCUGCUGCUCUAAAGCGGCCCAGUGGUCAUGAAGGAAACGCUGUUGCCGGCUGGCUCGUCCCCAUCGCUUGGAACACUGGCAUGGAACUUCCUCGUACUGGGCGCUACUGCCUUUGGUGGUCCACCCGUGCACAUCAGCAUGUUCCGGUCACGCUUCGUUGAGAAGUAUGGAUGGCUCUCCAGCGAUAGAUUUGCAGAGCUUUUUGCAAUGGCCAAUUGCCUCCCCGGACCUUCAAGCACUCAGGUUGCCUUUGCAAUUGGUAUGACCCAAGGUGGAGUCAAAGGCGGUUUGUUGGCUGGAGCCUGCUUCAUUAUCCCCGGAGCGAUCACGCUGCCCUUGCUGGGCUUCGUGUCAUCAUCAUUGUCGAAGCAGAUUGAGGAACCGGCUUCACCGGCCAAUGCUGUUGCUAUUGCCUGCAGCGCUGUGGGCGUCGCGUUAGUUUUCAUUGCAAUCAGCGGGUUGAUCAAGAAGCAGGUGUUUGAAGCGGGAAACGUGGUGACCCUUGGUGCAAUUUGCUUCUUCACUGGCGCAACAUGCUUAUUGGUGCAUCCCGCGCCUGCAUGGCUGAAUCCAAGCCUUAUUUUUUUGGGAGGGCUCAUCACCAUCCUUUUUCCAGUUGCCCCAGACUCAGAGGUCAAGCAUGCUAACGACACUGGCAAAUCAGGUAUGCCAGUCUCUCUCGCCAUUGGCAUCUUUCUCCUGUAUGUCAUUGUGGCUGCUUUCACAAUCUGGAGAGAUACCUUCGACCACGGAUGGAUCAUGCCAUUCCUUACUGCAGGUAUGUUCGUGUGGGGUGGAGGGCCUGUGGUCCUCCCCAUGUUGAUGACCUUCUUGACGCCUCAGUGGAUCUCCCCGACGAUCUUCCUGGCGGGCAUCUCCUUUGCCGAGAUGAUGCCAGGGCCCGUCUUCAAUAUCUCGUGCUUCCUGGGCAUUCAGCUUGCGAUCAACAGUGGCUGGAACUGGCUUCCUGGUAUUGCUGUUUGUUGGGCAGGCCUCAUGGGUCCGGGCAUCACACUGAUCUUUGGUGCCUAUACACUUUGGGAUGAGCUCCGCAAGCAGCGCUUGUAUCAACAUGCCCUUCCAGGCCUCAACGCAGCAGCUGUGGGUCUUCUGGUACCAACCAUGUUCGUGGUCUAUGACACUCUUCAGGAGCGAAGUCCAUGGCAAGCAGGCAGCAGAGCUUUGGUUGUCCUAGCGUACUACUUCAUCGAACUUUGUAAGGUGAAUGUGCCUGCGGUGGUGGUGGCCUUUGGUGCGGCUGGACUAUGCUGGGCCCUCGCUCAGUGAGGGGAUUGGAGAUCUCCAUGGGACUCGCCAAAUUUUUCAUCUUUUGAACAAAAGGACUGUCAUACAAUGACUGCACGA